AUGAAUAAAGUACUUAUUACAUUACUUAUUGUUUUAUGCUAUUCGAUAAUACUAGUCAAAUGUACAAGACCAACUGAAUGUGAAUUACCAUAUGAAACAGGUCCAUGUCGUGGAAUGUUUCAAUCAUAUUAUUUUAAUACGACAUCAAAUCGAUGUGAACAAUUUAUUUAUGGUGGUUGUGGAGGUAACAAGAAUCGUUUUGAAAAUGAAAAAGAAUGUAUGGAAGAAUGUGGAGAUGGUAGUCAACGAAACGGAUAA